CGUGGAGAAUAGGAUCAAUAGACUUCAUUAUCGGUGGAGAAUAGCCUCCGCCUGAUUCCGUGAUCUGUAGCCUCCAGAAUCGAAAGAAAAUGGCAUUUCGGAUAAAUCGCCCGAAAUCUGUGAUGGUACCCCUUUGGAAUCUACCAAUAAUUGACCCGGAAUAAAUCCGCCCAAAUCGGUGCUUAAUGGACUCAAUCAUCGUUGGAGAAUAGCCUCAGGCCGAAUCCGUGAUCUGUAGCCUUCAAUAUCCAAAGAAAAUGGCCUUUCGUCGCCCAAGAAAUUACGAAAAUGCCAUCCGAAAAUAAAUUGGGCCAAAUCGAUGCUUAACGGACUUAUCAUCCGUGGAGAAUAGGAUCAAUAGACUUCAUUAUCGGUGGAGAAUAGCCUCCGCCUGAUUCCGUGAUCUGUAGCCUCCAGAAUCGAAAGAAAAUGUCAUUUCGGAUAAAUCGCCCGAAAUCUGUGAUGGUACCCCUUUGGAAUCUGCCAAAAAUUCACCCGGAAUAAAUCCGCCCAAAUCGGUGCUUAAUGGACUCAAUCAACGUUGGAGAAUAGCCUCAGGCCGAAUCCGUGAUCUGUAGCCUUCAAUAUCCAAAGAAAAUGGCCUUUCGUCGCCCAAGAAAUUACGAAAAUGCCAUCCGAAAAUAAAUUGGUCCAAAUCGAUGCUUAACGGACUUAUCAUCCGUGGAGAAGAGGAUCAAUAGACUUCAUUAUCGGUGGAGAAUAGCCUCCGCCUGAUUCCGUGAUCUGUAGCCUCCAGAAUCGAAAGAAAAUGGCAUUUGGGAUAAAUCGCCCGAAAUCUGUGAUGGUACCUCUUUGGAAUCUGCCAAAAAUUGACCCGGAAUAAAUCCGCCCAAAUCGGUGCUUAAUGGACUCAAUCAUCGUUGGAGAAUAGCCUCAGGCCGAAUCCGUGAUCUGUAGCCUUCAAUAUCCAAAGAAAAUGGUCUUUCGUCGCCCAAGAAAUUACGAAAAUGCCAUCCGAAAAUAAAUUGGCCCAAAUCGAUGCUUAACGGAGUUAUCAUCCGUGGAGAAUAGGAUCAAUAGACUUCAUUAUCGGUGGAGAAUAGCCUCCGACUGAUUCCGUGAUCUGUAGUCUCCAGAAUCGGAAAAAAAUGGCAUUUCGGAUAAAUCGCCCGAAAUCUGUGAUGGUACCUCUUUCGGAUAAAUCGGUGCUUAAUGGACUCAAUCAUCGUUGGAGAAUAGCCUCAGGCCGAAUUCGUGAUCUAUAGCUUUCAAUAUCCAAAGAAAAUGGCUUUUCGUCGCCCAAGAAAUUACAAAAAUGCCAUCCGAGUGCCUUCAUUUACGAUCCAGCCCAAACUGAUAGACCGGCCCGCUUUUUCUAAUGAGUAAUGACACCCGAUUAAAAAUAAAAAAUGAAAUAACCCAAAACUGUGAGAAAAGAGAGAACUGAUUGCUAAUCAGAUCACGCACGGCCACGGGUUCUAUAAACUCUCCAUCCACACACAGUCUUCUCCUCUCUCAUCGCUUCCGAUCGCGAAGGUCCCCCAAUCCAUCGGCGCUUUCUCUCCGAUCCCUUCUGUCGAUCACUAACUCCGGCGAGAGAAGCAACCAUGAACGACGCCGAUGUCCCCAAGCAGAUCCAGCAGAUGUGCCGAUUCAUUCGGCAAGAAGCCGAGGAGAAGGCCAACGAGAUCUCCGUCUCUGCUGAAGAGGAAUUCAACAUCGAGAAGCUGCAGCUGUUAGAAGCGGAGAAGAAGAAGAUCAGGCAGGAGUAUGAGCGUAAGGAGAAGCAAGUCGACGUUCGCAAGAAGAUCGAGUACUCGAUGCAGCUUAAUGCCUCUCGGAUCAAAGUUCUUCAGGCCCAAGAUGAUGUGGUCAAUUCCAUGAAAGAGUCAGCAGCUAAGGAUCUUCUGAACGUGUGCCGGGAUGAUUACAAGUACAAGAAGCUUCUGCAGGAUCUCAUAGUUCAGAGCUUGCUUAGACUGAAGGAACCUGCUGUCUUGCUGCGUUGCCGGGAGGCGGAUGUCAAUCUGGUAGAAUCUGUCUUGGAUUCCGCCAAAGAGGAAUAUGCUGAAAAGGCACAGGUUCAUGCACCAGAAAUUUUGUUGGACCAGCAAAUUUAUCUGCCACCUGCUCCUAGCCACCACAAUGUUCAUGCUCUUUCUUGCUCUGGAGGUGUGGUCCUGGCUUCUCGAGAUGGGAAGAUUGUGUUUGAGAAUACCCUUGAUGCACGUUUGGACGUUGUGUUCCGUCAGAAGCUCCCCGUGAUCCGCAAGCUACUCUUCAGCCAGGUUGUUGCUUGAUGCCCUUGAUUGUGUAAUUGUUUUCACCUAUUAUGAAUCGUCACUCUUAUGUCCAGAAACUCGAGGGUUUUAUAGACCAUUCAACGAUUGUUUGUGGGUUGUGUAUUUUUUCGUGUUAUCCAAAGAACUUGCUAUUAGUUGAGAACUCUGUUGUAUCUAUUAGUGUAUGCAUUAAUAAACCGAACGUAAAAGAAUGUUUGCGUGGAAGUCAAGUUGCGACUUUUGUGAUUGAUCCUAUUGUAUUUACUACAUCUCUGCAAGGGUUGAUAGAACUUCUCAUAACCAUGAGUGCAGAUUUAGAGGCUCCACGCGCGGCUACAAUAGAAGGUGAGGAACUUA